AUGACAGGACUCAAACCGGCCCUUGUCUUCAUUUCUUUUGUCUUCAUCGGCGUCUUGGCUCAAGGGGAAUGGACCUCUUGGUUCAAUGUGGACCAUCCUGGAGGCGAAGGGGAUUUUGAGACGCUGGAGGCCAUCCGGUUCUACUACCCCGAGCGCAUCUGUGCCCGGCCCCUCUCUAUCCAAGCCCGCACCACUAAGUGGGAGCUGCCCAAGGAAGUGGGAGAAGUUGUGCGCUACAGUCCCCAAGAAGGCUUCCACUGCCUCAACAAAGAACAGCUCAGCAAUAGGACCUGCUCCAACUAUCAUGUCCGAUUCCUCUGCCCUGUGGAUCCUGUGCAGAAGCCGGGAUGGUCAACCUGGUCUCCCUGGAGUCCCUGUUCCCAAACAGCAUGUGGCCUCAGCGGUAUCCAAACCAGACACCGGACCUGUCUGAAGAACUCUGCAGCAACACUGGGACAGCUGUCGAAAUGCCCUGGGAAAUCCAUGGAACGUCGGACCUGCAGAUCUGAACCCUGCCAAGAACUCCAAUGGAGCCAAUGGGGAGCCUGGAGUCCUUGCUCAAAAACAUGCGGCAGUGGUAGGAAGCAAGUGAGGCGUCGAAGUUGUCAAAAAACCAAGCACUCACAUUGUGUGGGGCGUCCCUUGGAGGUGAAGAUAUGCGCCAACAUAUCUUGUCCAGCUUGCCAGCUUAGCUGCGCCAUCGGCAUCCCCAACAAGGACUGUACUGGCUGCAUUUGUCCCAACCACACACUCUUGGGCACUGUACGGCGGGCUGAUGGGAUGCCCCUUGCCGAUGUCCCAAUAGCCCUGGCAGACCAGCCUCUCACCCCCUUGGCCCAAAGCAAUCGUUGGGGUCAGUUCACCAUCCGUGGCAUCUGUGCUGGCAAUAGCACCAACGUCACUGCUAAGCUUGAGCGCUUUGCACCAGGUAGCGCCUCACCUGUAGUCAAUGGCUCUGGGACCUCUUUGGUGGAGAUCACACUCCACAGACUGGAACAACUUUACAUGGUCACCAGUCCUGAAUCAAAAGUGAGGAUGGUUGGAGAAAAAGUGAGAUUCUGCUGCAGUGCCCAAGGCACCCCUGAACCCCAAAAAUAUUACUGGUAUCACAAUGGAAUGCUCCUGAACUGGAAAACAUACAAUUACAGCAGGAGCUUAGUGUUACGUGAUUUGAGAACUCACCAAGCUGGCUUUUACCACUGCAAAGCCAGCAACAACCACAGUUCAAUCAAAUCCUCUGCUGCCCACUUGACAGUAAUAAGUCCAGAUGUUCCAGCAUGUAGAGCCCAGCCAGAGGAAUACCUCAUAAAACUCCCUGAUGAUUGUUUUCAAGAGGCAACAGGUUCCCACUUUUACAAUGUUGGUCAUUGCCCCAGUACUCCCUGUGCUGGAAACUCUUCAGAUGGCCUGCGGUGCCAAGAUGCUACUCAGCAUUGUUGUGGGACGCAACGCAUGGAAGUGAGAGAGAUCCAUUGCACUGGUUACAUCCUUCCCGUCAAAGUGGUUGCAGAGUGUGGUUGUACCACCUGUACGCGGCCCAAAGUCCUGGUUCGGGGCAAAGCAUCAGCUGCUGACAAUGGCGAACCUCUCCGCUUUGGUGAGAUCUAUCUGGGUGCAGAGAAAAUUGGCUUCACUGGGUAUCAAGGCACAUUCACCAUAGAGGUGCCACCCAACACAGAGAGACUUGUGGUCAAGUUUGUGGAUCGGCUGCAGAAAUUUGUAGACGCCAUCAAGGUUUUCCCACUUGACCAACGUGGUGGGGCUGUUUACCAGGAAGUCAAACUGAUGAGGAAGAAGAAGCCGGUUGACCUGGCAUCAAUGGAAUAUAAUACUAUUCCAUUGGGAGAAGUAUCUGGAGAACAUCCUAUUGGGGAGAUAGUCAUCCCACCUGGAUCUUUCUUCAGAUCUGAUGGGCAGGUCUACAAUGGGACCGUCAAGGCAAGCAUUACUUUCGUGGACCCACGGGACAUCGGUACAGUGAGCACUGCCUCCAGUGACCUGAAUUUCAUCAAUGCCGAAGGGGAUCUCUUCCCUCUCAGGACAUACGGCAUGUUUUCGAUGGAUUUCUGGGAAGAAGAAACACACCAGGGCUUAGAAGUCGGGCGGGCAGAGAUAAAGAUGGACACGGAUCUCAUCAAAACACUGGAACAUACAGAGAAAAUGAAACUCUGGUCCCUCAAUCCUAUUACAGGCCUGUGGGAGGAAGAAGCCUCUCUCAAGCUGGCCAAGAAGAAACGCAAGAAACGGGAAGAGAGAAAUUUCUUGAUCGGCAACUUGGAAGUCCGGGAAAGGCGCCUAUUCAAUCUGGAUGUUGCAGAAAGACGUCGCUGCUUCGUCAAAGUCAGAACAUACAUCAAUGAAAAGUUCUACCCUAGUGAGCAGCUGGAGGGAGUCAUCGUGACACUCAUCAAUCUUGAACCCAGACCUGGUUAUCCUUCUAACCCUCGGGCCUGGGGCCGAUUUGACAGUGUGGUGACAGGUCCCAACGGUGCAUGUUUACCUGCUUUCUGCGACAGCGAGAGGGCUGAUGCCUACACGGCCUAUGUCACAGCAACCAUGGGAGGAGAAGAACUGGAGGCUGUUCCUUCAAGCCCAAAGCUCAACCCUCGGGCUAUAGGUGUCUCUCAGCCUUAUCUCAACAAGCUUGGCUACCAGAGAACCGACCAUGAGGACCCUGCCCUAAAGAAGAAUGCUUUCAGGAUCAACCUUGCCAAACCCAACCAGAACAAUAUCGAUGAGACCAACGGGCCCAUUUACGCCUAUCGAAAUCUGAAGGAGUGUGAUCAGGCUCCCGUCACAGCCAACCACUUCCGAUUUUACCGAGUGGAGGAGGACAAAUAUGAAUAUAAUGUUGUGCCUUUUAAAGAGACUGACCUGACCACUUGGACAGGAGACUACCUCUCCUGGUGGCCGAACCCUCAAGAAUUCCGGGCCUGCUAUAUCAAAGUGAAGAUUAAUGGGCCACACGAAUACAUGGUGAGGUCACGAAAUGUGGGUGGCAGUCAUCCAAGGACUCGGGGACAACUGUAUGGACUAAGGGAUUCCCGUAGCAUCCGGGACGUUGACAUACUUAACAGCUCGGCAGCCUGCGUUGAAUUUAAAUGCAGCGGGAUGUUGUUUGACCAAGGAAUGGUGGACAGGACUGUAGUAUCUGUCAUCCCACAAGGGAGCUGCCACCGCACGGCUGUCAACAGCUACUUGAGGGAGUAUCUAAGCCGUCACCCGCCUCUAGUGGAAAAUAAUGACACUAUGGCUUUCUCCAUGCUGGCGCCAGUGGAUCCCUUGGGGCACAACUAUGGCAUCUACACUGUGACUGACCAGAAUCCACACCUUGCCAAGGAGAUUGCAAUUGGGCGCUGCUUUGCUGGCGCCUCGGAUGGCUUUUCGCGCGAGAUGAAGUCCGAUCGGGGCACGGCUCUGACUUUUACCUGUUACGAAAAGCCAAUCGGGACAAAGAGCUUCUUCCAACGCCUGCUUGAAUCCCCAUCCCAGACGUUGACCGAGAUGCGCCGUGAGAUGAGCGCCAACGAACAACUCCAGGGCCCUUCUCAAGUGGUAUCUUACCCAUCUGGCUUACGGACCGUGUUACAGCGCCGUCCCAGCCGCCGAAGAAGGGUGGGUACUUCUCCGAUCCAACAGUGA